AUGCUGAGUACCGUAUUGAAACAAGUGAAAAGCCACCCGGCUUUGAUUCCUCUCUUCAUCUUCAUCGGUGGUCAUAUCGCACUAAAGAACCCUGACUGCUCAUGGGAUCACAAGAAUAACCCAGAGCCUUGGAACAAACUGGGGCCAAAUGACCAGUACAAGCUCUUCACGGUCAACAUGGACUACUCUAAACUGAAGAAGGACAGGCCUGACUUCUGAGCAGAGCCCAGUGAAUCAACUGGGUGUGUUAAACCCUGCACUUCCUGCCCUGGAAGUCUAUU